AUGAGUGAUCUAGCUGGCUUUGAACCGCGAAGAAUCGAUUGGGCACCCGGACCAGAUCUGCCACAACGGCUCAAGCGAUCAGUUCGGCAGAAAUGUGAAUUACUGUUUGAUGGCCCUUUGAAAGAUCGAACUGUUAAGCAGAAAUGUCGAUAUGUUCUCCUAUGGGUAGGAGAUUAUGGUCUUCAUCUCUAUAAUACAUGGAAUUUGAGUGAAGCCGAUCAAGACAAAUUAGACGAGUAUUGGAAAAGAUUUGAACAGCACGUAAAACCUCAGUCCAACCAUCUUGUCAACCGUUUCUAUCUCAGAAACUUGAAGCAGAACAACCGACCGCUCGACGAGUUUUUAACCGAAGCAAACCUCCUUACUCAGAACAGUGGUUAUCCGGAUGAAAUACAUGACGAAUUGAUGCGAGAUGCUUUGGUAUUUGGAGUUGAUUCAGAUACAGUCCGUAAGAAAUGUAUUGCUGAAGGGAAUGAACUAACUCUUAUAAAAGCAAGAGAAAUCGCCCGCACCGAGGAAGCUACCAGACAACAGCUAAAGGUGAUGACCAGUGAUAUUUCAAACCCUAUACAGGUAGACUCAUUGCAGAAAAACAGGAGAGGAAACAUGAAUCGAGGUAAGACCAAACCAUUGUAUGAUAGACAAAAGGGAUAUAAAAUGAAAUGGGAUAAGCCAGUAUGCACUAGAUGUGGGAAUACAACACACAAUAAAGAUCAGAAAUGUCCUGCUAUUAAGGCACAAUGUUUUGGAUGCAAGAAAACUGGUCAUUACCAAAAUAUGUGUUUCAAGGCAAUCAAAACAAACUGUAACUCACUUGAGCGUGAUGAUAGCUAUUCAAAUGAACCAGAUAUUGAUGAAAAAAUAUUUCUUGGUACUUUACUAGCAGAACAGUGUCCAAACAUUGGUGCUAACCCAAACCAAAUUAAUAGCCUUAGUACAGAGCAGAGAAAGAAAGUACUGAUUGAAACCCGUCUGACUGCAGAGCCUUACCACAAGUAUACCACCCCAGUAGUAGGCUAUGUAAAAUUGACACUGGUGCAGAACUGA